AUGGUUCUUUUCACUCAUUCACUCAAGGCGCUCGCCGCAUUUGCGCUUUUCGCGCUGCCCUUCUGCAUUGAUGCACACCCUAUCUCGGCCGACCAGGCUAUAACUGCCAUUGAUACUCUCUCGACGGCCACUGGCGUGCAGCACCAGGCUCGCGCUGUUAACAGCCUCAAGCCUCGAUUCUUCGACUUCUUCCUCGUCCCCGGCAAGGGCAAAGACGGCACCUCCAGCCUCCUUUUCAAAGGCUUCCAUCUCAAUGGUCCGCCUCCUCCUUUCGCCUUUAAGAAGGGCGGUGACAGUCACGAGCACGGUGGACAGGGUCCCCACAAAGCCGACCCUCACGACGACAAGCCCAAGGGAGAGGGUGUUAAGAAAGAAGAGGAAGGUAGUGAGAAGGGUAACAAGGAUAAGAUGAAGGGCGGUGAAGACGGCAAGAAGGGAGAGGAAGGUGGUAAGAAGGGUGGCGACAAAGGAAAGAAGGGUGGUGAAGAAGGCGAGAAGGGUGGCAAUGAAGGCAAGAAGGGUGGUGAGGAAGGUGAGAAGAAAGGCGAAGAGCAAGGCAAGAAGGGUGACGAGAAGGGAAAGUCUAGCCUGGUGGGCGACAAGAAAGGUGGUGAGAUGUGA